CAAGUCCUUUGCGGUUAUUCCGACACCGUGUAUUGACGAAUUAAAAGUCCUUUACUUUGUAAAUAUAAAAUAUAUUGCAGAAUCGAGUGGCAAUUAUAGUAAUCAGUCCUCACAGAUGCGUGAAGCUUCGAGUGUUAUUAAUUGAAAUUACGUCUUUAGGAUAUUCUUUUUUACGGUGUCGAAAUCGGCGGUAUGUCGCGAAAAAAAUGUUUCGAAAUCCAAUGUGGCUCGUGAGGCUAAAAUUAAGCCACCAAACCACGGUAGCUACUAGAGGAUGCACAAAUUAGCCAAGGGUCUCAAGAAGAAGAAAAAGCAGAAGAAGGGAAAGAAAGGUACAGAAGAAGAGGAGUUUGAACCGGAAGAGCUAGAACGCUAUAGACGUGACCGGGCGGAGGCCCAGCUAAAAUUAUCAGAGGAAAAAUCUGAAACAGGUACUGGCUCUUGCACUUCGGACGAGUGGAAGAAGUUUGAAGCCUUAACAGCCGGAGUUGACUCCAUUCUUAAGAAAUCUCAAGGUGAUCUUGAUCGCAUAAAGACAACUUCAUUUUUUCAACGGAAAGUUCUUAUUGAAGAGAAACAAUUUGCAUCCAAACAUACAGCAGGACAAAAUAAACAUCAUUCCAAAAAUUGGCUUGGUUUUCAUAAGGCUGGAAGUUCAAUUGCAGAAAAUGAAAAAGACGAAGUAGCGGAUAGAGAGUUUGCUGUGAAUGAAGGCGGUUUUGUCAAUGUCUCAGAUUAUGAUCAGGAAUUGAAUUAUUCUUCAGAGGAUGAUAUUUUUGACACAACUUACAUUGAUGUACUACAGAGCACAGAUGUUAAAUUAGCACACAUACCGGAUAGUCCUACUAAGGAGGAACAGGAUAAUGAUCCAUUCGAUACAUCUAGUGCAGAAAGGGUUCUGAAAACUGUGGAUAGGAAAGGAAAAAAACUAGUCAGUCUUGGAAAUGCAGUUGAAGUUCUAGCUGGAAGAAUCGAUCACGUUAGUACUUGUAAACUUCAAACGACUGAGAAAAGAAAAAAUCAAAACCUUCUGCUUGAUGAUGACAUCAUACUGAAUGUUAGUGGAAUCGGAAGUAAUGUCACAAAUCUAUUAGACACAAACAGAACCCUUCUGGAUGAUGACUCAGACUUUUUUAAAAUAAAAGAAGGUAUAAAUAACUUUGCAUCAUUUUCAUCAGUCGCUUCUUCUUUCGUCGAUCAAGUUGUCGAGACAAGCAAAGUAAGGUCAGAUAUUCGAUUAGAUGUUUCAGAAUUUGAAACUCUGAAGGAGAGUACAGUUCUUCAAGAGAUUCCAAAUUUCGAUGACAGUGAAUUUAAUUUAAAUACACCAUCUGACGAGAAAAUAAUUGUAGCGGAAACUCAGGAUCCAUUCAGUGCUAAAGAACUUUUAUCUACUGAAUUUCAAAACGCAGUUGUGGAAGCUAGUUUCGAAGUAGCAACAUUUGCCAAUGAGAAAGAUCCAUUUGAUACUACUUUUGCUGAUAACAUAUUUCCUAGCAAAGUAGAAUUAAAAUUCAUUGAAAGGGAAUUAGAGGAACUUCCUAUAACAGCAGUAUCGAUAUCUUUGACAGAUCCUGCUGGUCUUAACAGGGAUUAUGAAACUGGAUUAUUAAAACAGGAAGGAACUACAACUUCUAUUAUCUCGUUAGGCUCAUCAAAAAGAGACUUUCUAGGUAGUUCAGCAAUAGAUUUGAGUCGUCUAGCUGAUCAACCUAUACUACCUGCUGAGGAAAUAACUUACGUUGAUCCAUUUGAUACAUCCAGCGUGCAAGAAUUCGUACCAGGCAAGACAGAACUUAAGUUUUUAGAACAAGAACUACUGGAAAGUAGUUUCGAUAAUUGUGAACCUCUCGAAGAUAAGUACUUCGAUUUAAGAAACGAUGAAAAGCCAAAAAAUGUGGUGACGCUUGAAAUCCAACGUUUUGUACAGGAUUUUCAAAUAAUCACUGGUAAGGAAAGGGAAAUAAAUCAAGUUGAAGAAAACCCUAAAGAUUUCAUUUACACUCGCAAGACUUCUAAACCAGAUAUUCUGAAAAUAACUCCAUGUAAGGUGGUUGCUUUUGAAUUGCCUAAACUAUUAAAGCAACCAGACCUGUUUGCAACAAAUAAAGAAGAAAACGCAAUAUCCCCAAAGCCUCUAACGCCUUAUUUUCGCCAGCUUUCUUUGGAGGAGAGUGCUGCUCUUAAAAGUGACCCCCAUCAAGUACUUGAUCCAUUUGAUACAAGUUUUGUUUCUGAGGUUACACCCAGCAAAACUGAAUUAAAACUAAUCGAAUCUGAGCUUUUGAAAACAGAAAUAUUUAAACCAAAAGCUGCUGUAAUUAGUAAUCAAAAUUCGCUGGAAAAAAAACAGGCAUCUAGAGAAUAUAUGAGAAAGGAAACAAACAAAGAUAAACUAAUAUUAAAAAAACCAGAGAGCAUUCUUGACAGUGCAAUUAAGGUUGAUAUAGAACCUUUAACGCCCAGGGUCCAGAAUCAGUUGACCGAUAAAGUGGAGAUACUGUAUUCUGAUCCUUUUGACACAUCAAGCGCUAGUAACAUUUUACCAGGUAAAGCUGAACUAAAAAUUUUAGAAAACGAACUCAGUCAAGUCCCAGAUCAAGUGCAAUUUCAUAUAAUUCCAAUUAAUCUCAUACAAGUACCAGUUUCUUGCGAAAUCAAAGCAAACGAACUUAAUUCACAUAUUCAUGAAGGAGAUGAAUCCAAGGCCUUCCUCUGUUUAGAUGGAAAGGAUCCUGGUAAUAAAACAUUAACACCUGUGCAGGAUAAGACAUUCUUAACAGAAGAAAUAGAUCCAUUUAAUGGUAGCUUUAAUACAGUUGGACUUGGAAAAUCAGAACUAAAAUUAUUAGAAUCAUAAUUUAUAAAUAAACUGUACCAUU